CGCUCUUAGUAAGCAAAGUUAUUGUACGCAAACAGUAUUAGAACCGCUGAAAAAAUAAGAAUAACAAUUGGAAAUAAAUUAAAUACAAGUCUAUUGCACAAGCAAUAAGAAUUAAGUGUUUAUAAAAUUGAGUACAUAUGCAGCAGUCGUUAAAUAAAUAGUAUUAGUUGACGCCUCGCCGCUGCAGCAGAACACAGCUUGGAAAAGGCCAGAAAACGGCCAGAAAUGCCUCUUUAAUCAAAAUCAAAUCAAUUGUCAAAACAGAACAUCAAAAAUGAAACAGAAAAGCUGGCGACACAAGCGUAAAUAACUAAGUAAGAAUAAACACACGUUAGCUAACGGCAAAUAAAGAUACUAAAACGAAAGCAGGGAAGAUGCUUGGACGCACGCAGAAACUGCUGCUGGGACUGGCCAUCCUGUUGCUGGUCAAUGUCCUCUGGGUAUCAUCCAGCGAGCUAAGCAAGAUUCUCUACGAGGACGAUACAUAUAAUAAGCCAUUCUUUAGCACCUACUUCAAGACGUCGAUGUUUAGCUUCUAUUUGUUAAUCAUUGGCAUAAUAGCGCCUUGGAAGGAGUCGUGCGAGCGUCAACAUGGCAACUAUGCGAUGAUGGAACAGAAUGCCGAUGAGGAGAACUAUUAUAGCAAUCAGGCGUCUUUGGGGGAUUCGACCUUUGUGCCCAUACGUGUGGCCAAUCCUAUAAAUGGCAUUGUAUCCGGCACGGAGAGCGAUGAUUCCAGUGUGCGUAGUGUUCGCUUUUGUAAGAUGGCCGAGGUGCGUGAGAUGUCGGCGCAUGAGGCAACGGAUGCUUUGAUGGCUCGACUGUCGUAUGCCGCGAGCAUGAGGAUUAAACGACAGAAAACACACCACAAGACAGCAAAGACGGCGUUGCUCUUCUGCUUACUCUGGUUCGCUGCGAAUUACUUCUCACAGCUCGCUUUGAAUAUGGAUGAAGAGCCCAUGAUAACGCUCAUCAGAUCCACUUCAGCCACAUUGUUUACCAUAUUGCUAGCUGCCCUAUUUCCGUCUGCCAUGGGCGACAAGCUGACUAUAACAAAGCUAAUUGCUGCAACAAUGAGCAUUGCCGGCGUCGUGGUCAUCAGCAUGAAUGAUUUGCACGACUCGAAGAUGACUCGCGGCGUUCUUUUGGCUCUGUUUAGUGCUUUCUUCUAUGCUUCGUAUUUGGUGUUUGUCAAGCGAAAAAGUGACACCGAGGAAAAGGUGGACAUUCCCUUGUUCUUUGGCUUUGUUGGUCUUUGGAAUCUGUUGCUGCUAUGGCCCAUUUUCUUUAUAUUGCAUUUCACCAAGAUCGAAACAUUUGAGAUGCCCAGCCAGGGACAGUUUGGCAUGCUCUUCUUAAAUGGCUUCAUUUGCACAGUCCUCGCUGUGGCUCUCUGGCUGUGGGGCUGUUUCCUCACCUCCUCGCUAAUUGGCACGCUAACCAUGUCGCUGCAAAUACCCUUGACAAUUGCAUUUGAUGUUCUGCUCAAGCAAAAGCCGUACUCUUCAUUAUAUUGGAUGGGCUCGAUAGGUCUGAUAAUGUCAGUGCUGCUUGUUGUGUUGCUAAUGCGCAACGAUGAUUCAGAUCCGCUUAUGAAACUAUUCAAAGUAUUAUAUAGAAAGAUCUGUGGUUGCCGCAACCCAAACAUUGUGAGAGUUACCGACGAUGAGCAACAGGAAUCUCUUAUCAAUAGCAGCGAUUAAAGUCUGACUCUUGAUUUUCUGGAAAGGCUUUUGGAAAUCGCGCUUUCUCAACAAUUUUAAAAAUUGCUCACUGCAAUUGCAAUGCAAAUCCAAAACUUGGCUGUUCACGACUUCGUUUCGAAUCGUUCUUUAAUCCAUAGCGACAAAUAUAUAUACACAUACAUAUAAUAUAUAUAUUUAUAUAUAUAUACAU